AUGGCCAAUUCGUCAAAAAGCUAUGGAAUCGAGACCGAUUUUAUGACGUUGCAACGUUUCGUGCUAUAUGAACAACGCAAAUAUCCGAAUGCCACCGGAAUAUGGCUUCUAUGUCGCAGUCAUUCGUUACCCUUACAGCUUCCACAAAACCAUUAUAAGUUCCUCUUAAAAUCAUUUCAACUCAAUAUUACUUGUAUGAAACACGCAAUUUCUAGUGCGGUACGAAAAGCUGGCUUGGCAAAUCUUUAUGGAAUCGCUGGCAAUACCAAUGUUCAAGGCGAAGAGGUGAAGAAGCUCGACGUCCUCAGUAAUGAGCUGAUGAUAAACAUGAUUCGCUCAUCGUACGCCUGUUGUGGAAUGGUAUCGGAAGAAAAUGAAGAUAUAAUCGUAAUAGAAGAGGGAAAACGUGGGAAGUAUAUCGUGUGCUUCGAUCCACUAGAUGGUUCAUCAAAUAUCGACUGUUUAGCGUCCAUCGGUUCAAUCUUCGGUAUUUGGAGAAAGCCGGCAGAUGGCCCUGUAACGAAGGCCGAUUUCUUACAGCCGGGCAAUGCACUCGUGGCAGCUGGAUACUGUCUAUAUGGUUCGGCCACCAUGAUUGUACUUACUACAGGAAACGGUGUAAAUGGAUUCAUGUUGGACCCAAGUAUCGGUGAGUUCGUUCUCACACACCCUAGGAUGCGCAUUCCUGACAAAGGCAAAAUCUACAGUCUAAAUGAAGGAUAUGCUAAGCAUUGGUCAAAGGGACUUGCCGAAUAUGUACAUACGAGGAAGUUUCCCGAGGUUGGAAGGAAAGCAAUGGUACAGCGCUAUGUUGGCUCUUUGGUAGCUGAUGUUCAUCGUACGAUUCUUAACGGUGGAAUCUUUAUCUACUCACCUACAAAAGCUGCACCGAAAGGAAAAUUGCGUCUUCUUUAUGAGUGCGCUCCGAUAGCCUUCAUCGUUGAGCAGGCAGGUGGUCACGCAAGCACGGGUAAAGGUCCACUUCUUGAUGUCGUUCCUGAAGAUAUUCAUCAGCGAUCAACCUUGUACUUAGGAAGCAAGAAGGACGUAGAAGAGCUACUCACAUAUCUCCUUAAGUACCAUUAG